UUCUUCUCCACUCUUUAUAAAGCGCAGCAUUCAAAGGGAGAGAAAGAGAACGAUGAGGCGAUGAGCUAAAACAAGAAAGAAAGGAAGAAAGAAAGAAAGAAAGAAAGAGAGAGAGAGAAGCAAGGUUUUGGCAAUGGCGGAUAUUCUUAGCAACAGGAGAGGCGUUUUGGGAGUUUCUAUGUGCGGCGCCGCCGAGGAAAUCGAGCAAUUAUCGAGAGACGGCAGCCAGUUCAGCCUCUCCACCGGAAUCCUCCCCUCCCUCGGCGCUCGGAGCAACCGCAGAGUCAAGCUCCGCAAAUUCAUAAUCUCCCCCUACGACCACCGCUACAGGAUAUGGGAGACCUUUCUGGUGGUUCUGGUCGUCUAUACUGCUUGGGUGUCUCCUUUCGAGUUCGGUUUUCUUAAAAAACCAGAAGGACCACUGUCGAUUGCCGAUAACGUUGUGAAUGGAUUCUUUGCGAUUGAUAUUGUGCUCACCUUCUUUGUAGCAUACCUGGAUAGAGCCACAUACCUUCUGAUUGAUAACCCGAGACAGAUUGCUUGGAGAUAUGCAAGUACUUGGUUGGCAUUUGAUGUAAUAUCGACAAUCCCUUCAGAAUUGGCUAGGAAAAUUUCUCCAAAACCUCUACGCUCGUAUGGCUUCUUCAAUAUGCUUCGCCUAUGGCGUCUCCGUAGGGUCAGUGCUUUAUUUGCCAGAUUGGAGAAAGAUAGGAACUUCAACUAUUUCUGGGUUCGCUGUGCAAAGCUUAUUUGUGUCACUCUUUUUGCUGUUCAUUGCGCGGGCUGCUUCUAUUAUCUACUUGCUGCUAGCUAUCGUGACCCGAAGAAGACAUGGAUAGGGGCAUCCAUGGAAGACUUCCUUCACCGGAGCCUAUGGAUUCGUUAUGUUACUUCUAUAUAUUGGUCUAUCACGACUCUCACCACUGUUGGUUAUGGUGACUUGCAUGCCGAAAAUACUAGGGAGAUGAUAUUUGACAUUUUCUAUAUGCUUUUCAACUUGGGGCUCACGGCUUACUUAAUAGGUAACAUGACUAAUUUGGUCGUCCAUGGUACGAGCAAGACAAGGCGAUUUAGAGAUACGAUUCAAGCUGCCUCGAGUUUUGCCCAAAGGAAUCGUUUACCUGUUCGCCUUCAAGAUCAGAUGCUCGCGCACUUGUGCUUAAAGUUUAGGACAGACUCCGAGGGGCUCCAGCAGCAAGAGACUCUCGAUUCUCUUCCCAAAGCCAUCAGGUCAAGCAUAUCGCACUUUCUCUUCUAUUCCAUGGUUGACAAGGUCUAUCUUUUUCGGGGAGUAUCCAACGAUUUACUCUUCCAGCUGGUCUCGGAGAUGAAAGCAGAGUAUUUCCCCCCAAAAGAAGAUGUAAUUCUGCAAAAUGAAGCACCCACAGACUUCUAUAUCCUUGUGACUGGAGCUGUGGACCUUCUGGUUUAUAAAAAUGGCGGUGAACAGAAUGUUGGGGAGGCAAAAGCGGGUGAUCUCUGUGGCGAGAUUGGGGUGCUUUGUUAUAGGCCUCAGCUAUUCACAGUCCGUACAAAGCGAUUGAGUCAGCUUCUGCGUAUGAACCGCACUGCAUUUCUGAAUAUUAUUCAGGCUAAUGUUGCCGACGGAACCAUAAUCAUGAACAAUCUGCUUCAGCAUCUGAAGGACACGAGGGAUCCAAUUAUGGAAGGAGUUCUCUUAGAGACAGAGAACAUGUUAGCCCGCGGAAGAAUGGACCUUCCUCUUACCCUCUGCUUCGCGACGCUCAGAGGAGACGAUCUGCUAUUGCAUCAUUUGUUGAAGCGUGGCCUCGAUCCAAAUGAAUCCGACAACAACGGGAGAACAGCUCUUCAUAUAGCAGCUGCUAAAGGAUAUGAAAACUGUGUUCUUCUUCUUCUGGACUUUGGAGCUGAUAUUAACAGCAGAGAUUCUGAAGGGAGUGUGCCAUUGUGGGAAGCCAUCUUGGGAAAACAUGAAUCAGUGACCAGGCUAUUGGCAGAUAACGGCGCUCAAUUAUCCUUAGGUGAUGUAGGUCAGUUCGCGUGCACUGCAGCCGAGCAGAACAACCUGGAACUACUCAGAGAGAUUCUUCAUCACGGUGGGGAUGUAACGCUCCCCAGAAGCACCGGCUCGACAGCCCUCCAUGUCGCUGUAUGUGAAGGCAACGUCGAGAUAGUCAAGUACUUGUUGGGCCACAGGGCUGAUAUCUACAAAGCAGAUAGCUAUGGGUGGACUCCAAGGGACCUAGCUGAGCAGCAAGGCCAUGAAGAAAUCACAGCACUGUUUGAAUCCCAUAAAGAGGCCAAGGUUCAACUCCAUGCAACAGUUCCUGAAGACCGGCCUGGGGUUCGCUUUCUUGGGAGGUUCAAAAGCGAGCCAAUGAUCCUCCCGGCCUCACAAUCGUCCCCUUUUCCAACAACAGACGGAUCCUGGGGCCGAUCAUCGCGCCCUAGGCGCAGGACUAGCAACUUCCACAACUCUUUGUUUGGAAUAAUGUCAGCUGCUCAAAACGGGGACCAGCCCGCACUUUAUUCUGUGAAAGAGGAUGCACCUGCUGCCACUAAUCAGACUUAUGCUGCAAGAGUGACGGUUAGUUGCCCCGAGAGAGGAGAUGUCGCGGGGAAGGUUAUAUUGCUCCCUAAAACCUUCCAUGAGCUGCUCCAGAUUGGUGUUAAGAAGUAUGGAUUCUUGCCUGCCAAAGUUGUGAGCAAAGAGGGAGCAGAAAUAGAAGAUAUAGAGUUGAUCAGAGAUGAUGAUCAUAUAGUUUUUGUUAGUGAUAAUAGAACUACAGAAGACAGUCACUAAACUGGUGAAUUGUGAGAGAAAUGUGAGAGAAAUGUAGAUUUUGAGAGUAAAAUUUUUGUGCUCUCCUCUUUUAAAAGUUAUAGCUUCAAAGGCCCCAAUUCAUAUA